CAGAAGUGUCCGACGAAAAUCGUAUAGCUUGAAAUCAUCUGAUAAUUGCAGCAGCAGAGAAUUUGUUAUUGUUACAGGAGCAGAAAAUCGGGCGAAGAAGACGAUGGGUAUACGGUUCGGAUCCGAAUCGACUCAGGUUAAGAAUAAGACACUGAAGAAAGAAAGUGAAUCCCACGGUGCAAAGAGAAGCAUGUUGGAAUACAUGCACCUGAAGCACUUGUUUCCUAAAUCGAUCAAUUUCCGCAUUUAUGCUCACAUGGUUCUUGCUAUAGAGACGAAAACUGAACUCUGAUAGGCAGUAGUAGAUUCGUUGUGUAUCGGUAUCAGCUAGUAGUCGAGUAGCAGUUGCAAUGUCAAGUAAUUCAGUUUCGAUCGAAGAAAAAUGUUCUAAACAGAAAAUUCCGCAUGUGUUAAGUGUUGCUGGUUCAGAUUCUGGUGGUGGUGCUGGAAUUCAAGCGGACCUUAAAACUUGUGGAGCUCGUGGUGUUUAUUGUUCUACUGUUAUAACUGCGGUUACUGCACAGAACACAAUUGGGGUUCAGGGAGUUAACCUUGUGCCGGAGGAGUUUGUUGCGGAACAAUUGAGGUCUGUGCUGACGGACAUGCAGGUUGAUGUGGUAAAAACUGGUAUGCUCCCUUCUAUUGGCGUGGUCAAAGUUUUGUGUCGUGUACUGAAAGAAUAUAAAGUUCAAGCUCUAGUAGUUGAUCCUGUUAUGGCAUCUACAAGCGGGGAUGUACUAGCCAAUUCUUCCAUCCUUGCUGGUCUUUGGGAGGAACUUCUACCGAUGGCUGAUAUAGUAACCCCAAACUUGAAAGAGGCAUCCGCGUUACUUGGUGGUGUGAAACUUACAACAAUUGCUGACAUGCAUUCUGCUGCAAAAUCAAUUCACGAUUUCGGUCCUCGACAUGUGCUUGUCAAAGGUGGCGAUUUACCUGCUUCAUUAGAUGCUGUGGAUGUUCUGUUUGAUGGAAUCAAUUUUCACGAGUUUCGUGCAUCACGUAUACAAACUCGUAAUACACACGGAACUGGUUGCACUCUUGCGUCAUGUAUAGCGGCUGAGUUAGCUAAAGGUUCUCCUAUCUUACAAGCUGUUCAGGUAGCAAAAAACUAUGUUGAGACCGCCUUGAAUUACAGUAAAGACAUUACGAUUGGAAGUGGGCCUCAAGGUCCAUUUGAUCACCUGUUAAAGCUAAAGCAUAAUUUUUCUAGCUCCUCUAGACGAAGGGGUUUUAGUCCAGAUGACCUCCUCUUGUAUGCUGUUACAGAUUCAGGAAUGAACAAAAGGUGGGGCAGAUCCAUUCCUGAUGCUGUAAAAGCUGCCAUAGAAGGUGGAGCAACAAUCAUUCAGUUGAGGGAAAAAGAGGCUGAUACUCGAGAAUUUGUGGAGUUAGCUAAGGCAUCUCUAGAAAUAUGUCGUUCCCAUGGAGUACCUCUGUUGAUAAAUGAUCGAGUUGAUGUUGCCCUUGCAUCUGAUGCCGAUGGUGUUCAUGUUGGCCAGUCUGACAUGUCACCUCGUGUUGUCCGUUCUCUUCUUGGCCCGGAUAAAAUAAUUGGAGUCUCUUGCAAAACCCCAGAGCAAGCUCUACAAGCAUGGAGCGACACUGCAGAUUAUAUAGGCAGUGGUGGUGUUUUCCCAACAUCAACAAAGGCAAAUAAUAAAACUAUCGGUUUGGAUGGUCUGAAGACUGUCUGUUUGGCUUCGAAAUUACCUGUUGUCGCCAUUGGUGGUAUUGGCAUUGGAAAUGCAGGUUCUGUUAUGGAAAUUGGUGUCCCUAAUCUGAAAGGUGUGGCAGUUGUAUCAGCACUAUUUGAUCGUGAAUGUGUUACAACUGAAACCAGAAAACUGCAUUCAGUACUAACAGGUGUCCUUUCAACACAGGCAUCUAAAUAAAAAUUCACCUCUGUAUAAGUUAUAUUCAGUUGGAAACAAAUAAGCAGGCCAAGGGAACUGAUCGGCUCCUAUGCUGUAAAAAAGUGAAAAGAAAACAAACUGUUAAAAUAUUCCACUUUGCUAGAGCAGAUAUUUUGAUCUCAGUACCAAACUACUAAUGAAUUAUUUUGAAUUGCAUUAUCAUUCUGAUGGUUACUGGAGACUAAAUUCCAUGAUUAGGGACAAAAUGAAGAGCAUAGUUGUAUUUUGUUUA